AUGUACGCACGAGUGAAACUAUGUGGAAAAAAAGGAAUGAUAAAGAAAUUAUGUGCUCGAUCGUGCUCGAAUAAUCCGUAUCAGAUUGACAGUACCAAACCCAAGCCUUUCGAAAACAUUCCAGGGCCAAGAGCCUUACCCGUUAUUGGAACGCUGUACAAAUAUGUGCCUUUCAUCGGUGAAUACAAUUUUACAAAGCUGCACACGAAUGGCUUAUUGAAAUUGAAACGUUAUGGACCUCUGGUGCGUGAGGAAAUAAUACCAGGUCAGCCAGUCGUAUGGGUAUUCCGACCGGAAGAUAUCGCAGAAAUUUUCAAAGCUGAGACGGGUCUGCAUCCUAAGAGAAGAUCGCAUUUGGCUCUUCUCAAAUAUCGAAAAGACAGAAGUAAUGUCUAUAAUAGUGGAGGUCUUUUACCUACAAAUGGCAUAGAAUGGUGGAGGCUGCGUCGCGAAUUUCAGAAGGUCCUUAGCAAACCACGCAAUGUUGUCGAUUAUCUGGAGGAUACUGACGCAGUUGUUCAAGAGUUCGUGCAGCUUUGCUCCCGCGAAAAAUCAAACGAUUUCUUACCUUUAUUCUCACAUCUUUUUCUUGAACUGAUUUGCCUCGUGACUUUUGAUGUAAAAAUGGGAAGUUUAUCGGAAGAAGAAAAACAUCCACAUUCCAGAAGUUCAAAGCUGAUCGAAGCAGCUCUUAUGACAAAUAGUGUAAUGUUAAAAUUAGAUAACGGCCCAAUGUUUUGGCGAUUUUUUGAAACACCAUUAUAUCGAAAAUUGCGUAAGGCGCAGAAUUAUAUGGAAAAAAUAGCGUUGCAAAUGGUUACUCAAAGAAAUCAAGAUGCAUCCAUAUGUCGGAAACAGUCUCUUCUCAAGGAAUAUUUAAAAAAUGAGACUUUAGACAUCAAAGAUAUCGUGGGAAUGGCAUGUGAUAUGUUGCUCGCUGGCAUGGAUACUACGACAUACAGUAUGUCGUUCGCCUUAUAUCACCUUGCAAGAAAUACAAGUGUACAAGAAAAAUUGAGAUUAGAGGCUACAACUUUGUUAACGGAUCCUAUGUCUCCUAUAACGGCGGAAAUCCUAAGGAAUGCUACAUACACUAAAGCUGUAAUAAAAGAAACUUUCAGGCUAAAUCCUCUCUCUGUAGGAAUAGGUCGUAUCUUGCAAACUGAUGUAGUUCUGAGCGGAUAUCACAUUCCCGAAGGAACUGUAGUUGUGACACAAAAUCAAGUGAUUUGUCGACUUCCCGAGUAUUUCGACGAACCAAAUUCAUUCAGACCAGAGAGAUGGUUACGUGACAACAAUGACAAAGUAACCAAGCUGAAAGAAAAAUUUAUCAAUCCAUAUACUGUAUUGCCUUUCGGUCAUGGUCCGCGAUCGUGCAUUGCAAGACGAUUCGCUGAACAAAAUUUGCAAGUUAUUUUACUCCGGAUCUGCAGAAACCUGCGAUUUACAUGGUGUGGAGACUCUCUUGAUUCGGUUUCAUUACUAAUCAAUAAACCUGACGGACCUAUUAAAUUGAGAUUUGAAAGUUUAGAUGCAUAGAAGAAAUAAGUC